UAGACCCAUUACCGGACCAGUUGGGCACCAGCCUUUUUACGGAAUACACGCAUACCGUGAAGCCCAGGUUCAUAAUUCGGUCCGCCCACAGGGCUCGAUUCAGCAGCCAAAUAUUGGGGUUUACACUUCCGAGGGGAUUCAGAUGAUACAGCCAAAAGUUGCGGUUACCGACGGUGGCUACGCACAGGUUGCGUAUGACAACACCGGAAGACACGUUUACUUUACCACAGCGCCGCCGUAUCAGACCAUGGCACCGGUGGGGGUAGACGGGAGACCUGGUGGUGGCACCUUUAAUCCGGAGGGUAAUGUGAUUAACACUUCAAAAACCUCUGGUUUGUGAUUACAAAAACGUGCAUAUGUUUCGAUAAAUCAUUUUUCCAUUGUUCAUUAUUAUAAUAACGGAGUUGUGGGUUCAUAUAGGUGUUGAUGAAUUUUGUAUCGUCAUUGUUUGAUGUCUAUAUUUGAAGAAAAAUGAAGGGAUUUGUUUGUUUAGAAUGGGAAAUUGACGGUUUCUCUGA